AUGGGAAGCAAAAAAGAUGAAGAGGUGGCAGAAGUCACCGCUAACGGAAAUGAAGAGGCCGUCGAGGAGAAGACUCCAUAUCCCUACUAUGUUUUCUUCAUCCUCGGAAAUGAGUUUUGCGAGAGAUAUGCCUACUAUGGAAUGCGUUCAAUUCUCGUCAUCUUUUUGACAUAUUUCCUCGGUUUCGACAAGGACACCGCUACAGUCAUCUACCACGUUUUCGCCGCUCUAUGCUACUUCUUCCCUCUUAUCGGUGGUAUUAUUGCCGAUUCCUACUGGGGAAAAGUCAACACGAUCGUAUACAUCUCUUUUGUUUAUUUCCUCGGUAUGGUGCUUAUGACAGUUUCCGCUGUUCCUCAAAUCAACGGCGGCCAAGAUGUUCCUGGAACAAUCAAUUCUGUCUUGGCUCUUAUUGCUCUUUUCGUCAUUGCUGUUGGAACUGGUGGUAUCAAACCCUGCGUCAGUGCUCUUGGAGGUGAUCAGUUCGCUGAAAACGAAACCGGCAAAAAGCAACUUUCAAAUUUCUUCGCGCUUUUCUACGGCUCCAUCAAUGCUGGUUCCCUCCUUUCAACUUUUAUCUCUCCAAUUCUCCGAGAAGUUGAGUGUCUAGGACGACCCGAUUGCUAUGCUAUUGCUUUCCUCAUUCCCGCCAUCUUGAUGUUGGUCGCCAUCGGAGCCUUCCUCUUUGGAAAGUCAAAGUACAAGGAAAAGCCAGUCUCUGGAAACAUCUUCACUGAGUUUUGCGGUGCCACCUGGUCCGGUCUCCGAGGCCGAUGCAAAGCAGAUACUAAGGACAAAGAACAUUUCUUGGACUACGCUGAUACAGAAAAAUUCUCGCUGAAGCGAUUGACAGAGUUCAAAUAUGUCUACCCAAUCAUUGUGAUGUACCUUCCAAUGCCAUUCUUCUGGGCUCUGUUUGACAUGCAAGGCUCCCGAUUCGUCUUGACUGCGACCCAAAUGAAUGGUGUUUUCGGCGGAGUUACGAUCAAACCCGAUCAAAUGCAGAUCAUGAAUCCAGUUCUCAUUCUCCUGUUCCUUCCACUCUUCCAGAGCCUGAUCUACCCAUGCUUCGACAAAAUUGGAUUCAAAAUGACUGCCCUCAGAAAAAUGUCUGGCGGUCAGCUCAUUACUGCUCUUGCAUUUGUUGUGGCUGGCUUCGUUCAACUCAGCAUUGACUCCGAACUAACUCCCAUUCCAUCAUACGGUGAUCAAACCGCGAUGUUUGUGAUCAACGGACUGCCAGACAAGGAACUCACCGUCGAGUCGAAUUACUGGGUCGGAGCUAAUAUCAAAGUUGAUGACGAAAGUGCACAAACACAAGUUAAAAAAAUGAAUCUGAAAUCCAUCAAUCAAAAAGUCUUUACCCAAAUCACCGAUCAACAGGACUACAACGCCAGCAAUACUUACUUCCGAACACCAAGCAAUGAUUGGAUUCAGCCAGAUUAUCCUGAGAAUGAUCAAGAGCGAGAGUUAAAAAUAAGCUCUCCAGGCCUUCAAGGUACCACGGUUCCAAUUGAUAUUCAUGAACACGGCACGAAGGGUGUCUUCUGCUACGAAGAGAAAGGAAAUCUCGAAUGCGAACAGUACGAUUCACCAGUGGAAAAAUCUGGAUCAAACCGAGUUAGAACAGCGCUUGUCAACCCAACCGAGUUCUAUACUCUUUUCGAAGUAUUCAAUGGAGACAAUGAGUCGAUUCUUACCAACAAGACAGUUGUCAUUUCUCCACGAAAAGCAUCCACUUCAGACAGCACCGAAUUUGAACGAGGCGUUGUGAAAAUUAAAGCCAGCAUGUGGGACAAAGAACCAGAGAAAGAUGCAGACGGCAACUGGAUCCUUCCUGACGCGACCAGAGAAUGUGAAACAAAAUGGAUCACAUCUUCCAAUCCCAACGGUGAAGAUCAGUAUAAUAAGGAUGACUUCCUAUUUGGACCUGGAAGUAUCUGGACAUUUUCUGUCGUCACGGACAAAAACGAUAAGAAUGGUUGCCAAAUCAGAAUCAGUCGCGAUUCCAAGCAAAACACCAUGAACAUCUUCUGGCUCAUCCCUCAAUACAUCGUCAUCACUGUCGCCGAGGUCAUGAACUCUGUGACCGGUCUCGAGUUCGCUUACACCCAGUCGCCCAAGUCAAUGAAAUCAGUCCUUCAAUCAUUUUGGUUGCUUACAACUUGCUUUGGAAAUAUUCUCGAUGUAUUCUUUGUCGAAAUUUCUAUGCACCCAACUCAGUCUGGAGAAUAUUUUAUUCUGGCGGCGAUUAUGGUAGGCGCCGCGCUUGUCUUCGUCGGAUUGUCGGUCUUUUACUACGAAUACGUGCCCGAGGGAACUUUCGACGAGGAUGAGAAUGAGCAAGAUGGAAAGAACAACGAAGCCUUCGACAAAGACGAAGCCGUAGAAAUGGACGAUGUCAAGCUUGAAAAAGAAAAAGAAGCGUUCGAGGACGACAACGAAACCGCUGAUUUCUAA